AUGCUUCCAAGUAACACCAUCUUGGGGGUCUUCCUCAUAUCUCCAUUAUGUGUUGGUGUCACAGGGAACUCAUUACUGUUUAUUUUAUAUGCUUACACUCUGCUCUUUAAGCCUCGUUUUAAGAAGCUGAUCGAUUCUGUUUUCAUGCACCUGGCAAUAGUUAAUGUCCUGAUGAUCAUAUUCACGUUGAUCUCACACAUCAUGUCAUCCUUUGGAGUAACCAGAUUUCUGGACGAUGCUGGCUGCAUGGCAGUUUUAUUUAUAGUCAGAGUCGCCCGGGGUAUGUCCAUCAGUACCACCUCUGUUCUGAGCACAUUUCAAGUCAUCACCAUCACUCCCAGUAAUUCUAAGUGGGCAUGGCUUAAGGCUAAGCUCUCUAAGUGGACUUUUUCAUCCUUACUUUGCUCCUGGGUCAUUAACAUACUCAUCUAUGCAUAUAUGAUUCCAAUGGUAAUAGCCAAAACCAAUGCUACUCUUUUUGGCAAUGGAUAUUUGGAUCCUUACUGUCAAAACAAGAACUUUGGAAACCAAAACCCGGGGUCAUUUUUUAGAAUCAUAUUCAUUUGUGAUUUAUUAUAUGUGGCCAUCAUGAUAUGGACCAGCCUGUACAUGGUGAUUCUCCUCUACAGACACCGAAAAAGAGCCCAGCAUCUCCACAGCACAAGCCUCUCCUGCCAGCCAUCUCCUGAACGCAGAGCCACUCACAGCAUCUUGUUGCUGGUGAGCUGUUUUGUGUUCUUCUAUUGGUUGAACAACUUCAUCACCCUUUUUGGUUUUUAUGUACAAACAAAAAUUCCAGACUUGGAGGGAAUUAAUGCAAUUUUCGUAACAUGCUACCCAACCAUCUGUCCUUUUUUACUGAUGAAGAAUAACAAAUAUACUUUGCAAUUCACUUCUUCCUUUUCUGUUAGGAGGAUGACCUGCUUUCAAAGAGCACUCCAUGACUGA